AAGAAAACCUUGGAAUAGGUGCGGCUCUGAGCGUUUCGUAGGCUUGGAAAGUUCGUAGUCUUUUUCCACCCAAAAAGAAAAGGGGCGCACUGUUGGGCACAGCAGCGGCAGACGCCAGGGCUAGGCGGACUUGCGAGCAAAGGUAUAUGUCAGCCACAUCCUGCCUGCUGCCGUGCUCUCUAUCCAGCCCCCAGCCCAGCCAAAAAGAAAAGGGGCAGUGAGCAGACCGGCAGAGCAGCCCCUCCCCCGUGCCCCCCACGUUCCAUCUCUUAACGGGGCGGGGAGGAAGGCGGCGACUCUCUGUUCUUCGCCACGGGCGCGCCGCCGUUCGACAACAAAGGAUGUGCCGCCCUAAUGGACUCGGUGCCGAAGGAGGCGGCGGCUAUGAGGAGUGCGGCUACGCGGACGGCAACCACAACGGCGGCGGAGGCGGCGCACCCACCGGACAGAGCCAGAGCACCUACCUGCACCAAGCCGAUCCGCCCGUCGCGCUGCGGAAGGAGUUCGGGGCGCUACGCGUCCAACUCCACCUCAUCGAGGCCCUUGACAACCCGUCCCGCCUCGGGUACGGCGCCGCGGGGAGGCCGUGCUCCAUCGGGGCCAACCGCUUCCUCGCCCACGUCACCGACGGCGGCCUCCACCACUACGAGGUAAGGCCUCUUCCCGCUCUUCCACUCCCCGUCCUCGGAGUUCACCGCGCACCGUUUUCGGGUGUUGCGGUGCCUGUGGUGGUUCGUUUGAUCAUUUCGUUGCAAGUGACCAUCUCGCCGGAGCGGAAGCCGAAGGGCCUGGUGUCCGAGCGCGCCAGUGGACUUGUUGCUGAAGGAGGAGGAUGCUCCGAGGACUACAUCAUCGGGGAAUGCAACUACAACGGCGGCGGAGGCGGAGCGGGCUACUUCCGCAACGGCGACCACAGGCGCGCCGGACAGAGCCAGCGCACCGAUCCGCACCAAGCCGAGCCAGCCAUCACGGCCGCCGCCGCCGCGCUGCUGCGGAAGGAGUUCAGCUUGCUACGCGUCCACAUCCGCCCCAUGGAGACCCUUGACCCGUCCCGCCUCGCGUACGGCGCCGCGGGGAGGCCGUGCGCCAUCGGGGCCAACUGCUUCGUCUCCCAUCUCACCGUCGGCGGCCUCCACCACUACGAGAGCGGCGGCCACAUCCCCGUGUACGACGGCGGCGACUCUCUGUUCACCGCCGGCACGCUGCCAUUCGACACCAGGAAGUUCGAGGCCAUUGUCUAUUCUGAAGACGACAAAAGUAAGGGUCGGCAGUACAAUGUGUUGAUCAAGCACGCCGCUGCGAUCAGCCUUCUGCAGCCGAGGAUGCUCUUGGCGGGCUACCCCACGGACAUCCGGGAGGAGGUGCUGCAGGUCCUUGACAUCGUGGACGACAUCUUCGUCGUAGAUGUAUCUUCAACAGUACCCAUUGAACCCUUGCUACUGAUUGACUUCGUUCAGAAGAUUUUUAAGAUUGAUAUCUUGAAUGGAAAGUUCACUAAAGCUGAAUAUGCUAAGCUUUUGAAGGCCCUCAGUGGCAUGAGAAUUGAAGUUUCGAAUCACCUCCUGGACCCAUGA